UGAAGCGGAUAUCAUACUUCUUGUUGCCAGUUUGUAUGAAUUAAAUAUUAGUUAUAGCCAUUAAAACAUUUUUUCUAUGCAAGAUACAUGCGAAAAAGCUUGCGAUCGUGUCCAAAGGUGUUCUAAACAGGACCCUCAAUGCGCGGUGGAAUAUCAUUAUUGAAUGGACUUUCGUGACCAAUCGAAUUCACUCACUGAUUCGUCAUUGUGGGACAAUCUAUAUUUCAGUCACGAAUCAUGGACUAAGCGAGAUCGAGUAAGGAACUUCAUGAGGAGGGAAAGUGACUGAGCAUCAUUAGCAAGCAAGUGUCCCGGCCUUUCUCGAGGACACAGUAUGGCUGGCAACUUUGCCGCCGUAGCCACGGUAAACAAGAAGAAACGGACUCGACGAGCGCUAUCUAAAGGAGUCAGCUUUCAGAGACGCCCGAGCAGGGUUGGUCACGCGCCUGACUUAGAUGGAUGGGACAAUGAGGCUUAUGAGGACAAUCUGUCAUUACCGCAUAAUGCCAUUCCUGUCACACAGGCUGCAAGAGAGGGCCUGGUUGAUGUCGUCCAGUGUCACAUCCAGAAUAACCCAAGAUGUGUCUUCACUCGGGAAGAUGGGAACGAAUGCACUCCUCUCCAUCAGGCGGCCAGGUUCAACAGGGUGUCCGUUGUUAAUAUGCUACUAGAGGCAGGAGCAGAGGCGAAUGCGAGUGAGUCAAUGGGCCUGACUCCUCUUCACCUAUCGGCUAGAUACAACUCUGCCGACUCCGUCCAGGCCCUGAUCAAAUACGGUGCCAGUGUGAACGCCCGAGACCAACGUGGUAAAACAGCCGUCCACUACGCCGCCAGGAGGGGCUUCAACUCGGUUGUGAAGGAACUGUUGUCCCCUGAGGACUCGAAUGUCAACAUCCAAGAUGACGAUAAGAUCACGCCACUACACGAGGCAGCAACGGGAGGGCAGAAGACCGUCUGCGAAAUAUUGGUCGAAAAAGGCGCUGAUCCAUGGUCACGUGACGUGAGUGACAUCACUCCACUGAUCAACGCAGCUAGUGUCGGAAGCGUAGAAGUCAUUAAUGCCUUGUUAGAAGCUGUCUCUAAAGACUCUCUAAAAGAUGAACCCAAACAGGCAGAGUACCUGUCAUUGGUGGAUGACGAGGGAAGUAAUGCUCUCCAGACGGCAGCACAGAACGGACAUCUGAAGGUGGUGGAACUCUUGUUGUCGAAGGGCAUCGAUAUAAACUCAAUGAAGUCUCAUCGCCGGCGCACCGAUAAGAAGGUCAAUAAACAGACAGCGCUGCAUGUUGCCGUCACAAACGGGUUCAAGGAAAUUGUUGAAUAUCUUUUGAAACAAGGAGCAGAGGCUAACCCACGUGACACAGAACAAAUGACCCCCAUACACAGAGCUGCCCUGCAUGGACGAGAGGACACGAUACAGACUAUCAUGAAACAUGGCGGAGACCUUAAUGCCAUGGACCGGGACAACCUAACUCCACUGCACUGUGCCUGCUGGAAGGGUCACCCAGUAACGACCAAACUUCUCGUAGAGAAUGGAGCACAGUUUUCUGCCGUGGAUACUUCAUUGAGGACGUGCUUGCAUUGGGCAGUCCAGAAUGGACAGUAUGACGUCUUACAACCAGUACUCCAGGGAACCCAUGGUCACUUUGAAGAGAUGAAUGGUGCCAGGACAAUAGUGGACUGGAAGGACAACAUGGACCAGACUGCCCUCCAUUAUGCUGCAGCCAUCGGGAACACAGCGAUCCUGCAGCGAUUGCUUGAGUUUGGUGCGAAUCCUUCGCAAACCGACCUGGAGGGGAAGACACCUCUUCACAUAGCCAGCGAAAAGGGCAACAUUGGUUGCGCUGAGAGCUUGGUAGCAGCCAGCAAAGGCGAGCUGAACGACCCGGAUGUGGACGGUAUGUCUCCUCUUCUCCUGGCGAGCUCCAAUGGUAACAGACAGAUGGUCAAGGUUCUUACAGCACUUGGGGCGGAUAAUUCGACGAAAGACGACCAGAAAAGGACAGCUCUGAUGCUGGCAGCUACGAAUGGGCACUCUUCUGUCGUAUCCAUUCUCGUGGAUGACCAUGCCGAUGUCCACGCCACUGACAGAUACAAGAACACAGCGCUUCACUACGCAUGUGCCAACAACCAAACCCAAACCGUGAAGCUUCUAUUGGCGAAGAAGGCUGACGUUAUAGCAAAGAAUAACAAAAAUGAUACCCCGCUGGACCUGGCGAUGCAAAAUCUAUCGAAUGAAGCAGCCAUUGCAAUUCUACAGAGUGACAAGUGGCGGAGAGCAAUGGAAGCUCGAGAUAAGAAGGGCAACACCCCGAUGAAGAAGUUGAUCAAGAGGCUACCUGAGGCAGCGAAGGUGGUGAUGGAUCAGUGUGUGAAAAUCUCAUCUGAUGACCCCGCAGAUAUAGACCUUGAGAUGACCUUCCAAUACAAGUACAUCGAUCCAGGUCCUGAUGACCCGAUGUGUAAGGCGAAACGAUGGCUAGCUUUGGAGACGAUGGCAAAAUAUGGACGGCGGGAUCUUCUGUCACAUCCUCUCUGUCAAAACAUACUCACUGUCAAAUGGCAGAAGUUCGCCCGCUACCUGUUCUAUCUGAACCUGCUGACCUACAUCGUGUUUGUCAUCAUGAUGAUGAUAUUCAUCUUCACAGUAGCGACACCUAUUAGGACUGUCAACAUAGACAACGUGAAUUACUGCCCUAUCACUCUUCCUGCAGAUCAAGCCAAUAAUACGACACUUCUCAACUUCUACAUAGCGAAUGGCCAGUUGACCUGGGAGCAGCGAGCCUACCACGAUGGUUACCACGCUGCGCUGUGUGGCUUGUGUCUGACAAUAGCAUUCAUCUUCUUCAUCAAGGAGGUGGUCGUGCUGGUCAAAUCGGGCUAUAUCUACUUCUUCGAGGUGGGCAACUGGUUGGCCGUGAUCCUGAUAGCCUUCACGGUUGCCGCUCUGUCACCACCCAUGUAUGCACCUUGUCUGUGGCAGUGGCGAUGCGCCUGGAUUGCUACCUUUACGAGUUGGAUCAACUUCACAAUGUACUUAAGGAGAAUCGAUGGUGUCGGUCUGUACGUGAUCAUGUUCACAGCAGUUAUCAAGAGUAUGGCAAAGAUUGCACUGAUCCUGUUCCUGUUAAUGUUCGCCUUCGCCUCUGCCUUCUACAUCGUCUUAGCAAAACAGGCUAUCUGGGAGAACUUAGGUACCAACCUCGUCACCACCUUAGUGAUGACUCUGGGCGAGAUUGAUUACUUCAACAACUUUGGAGACCAAAAGUUAGAACCGUUUAAGGCCGAUGCAUAUAUCCUACUGGUUUUCUUCAUUUUCCUCUUGCCCAUUAUGAUGAUGAAUCUAACGGUUGGUGUUGCUAUUGGUGAUAUUGACAGCAUCCAGAAGAACUCCUACAUCAAGAGGUUAGAACUGCAGAUGCACGUGAUCAAGGACAUGGAGGGUGACUUCCCAAAAGCUCUUCAACGGAAGCUCUGGAGGAAACAAUACUCGGUGAAACCGAAUAAAAGCAAAAGAACAAGAUGGCGAAAGUUCAUGGUUCGUGUGUUCGGGUUGCCGACCACGACUGAGUUCAUGCAAGACGAUAGCGCGGGGGAUUAUGGAGAGGCGAUCAGUCAGGAGGUGAUGAAGCUCAAAACAAGGAUGAGCUAUGUGACCAGCCUCCUAGAUCACCACAGCAUCGUCCUUCAUCAGAUAGCCCAAAAGAUGAAUGUGGAGACUCCCGCUGCUCCGCCAGACACCUUGUCGCACAGCAGCGAGCUCUCGUAAGAAGAGGACAUUCAAACACACUACGGCACUGGGAGUUGACUCAUCGCUACUCCGGCCGUGUAGUCACAACUGCAUCAUUUCUAAAUCAUUUACCUACGUUUGCUGACUGUGCCGCGCCCAUCAGGGUAAACGGCCGUCACAACUCGUACAACACGUACUCCACUAAAUGUUAGGAACACAAUACACAUAGGAAGACCAACGUUGUUCUCGCCUCACUCGAAUCUCUUAUGGCGCUGUGCUUAUUCGCUGCCCGUUGUCAGGGUGCAGUUUGUUGAUCAAGUUCGGAUGCCCGAUAGGCAAAUGACAAUUCCAUGACUGAAUUUCAACCCAUAUCUACUGGCAUGUAGCUAUAGUUUUUGGUCGCGGGGGCUUUUGUCCAUCCGUCGGUCUGAAAAUCGGACAAAAUGUACCUGAAAAACAAGCUUUUUGUGAGUGUUCUACGGCCCUGACCAAAGUGCUUCCAUGCGAUAUCGGAACGGAACAACCCGUAGGUAUAAUUGUAGAUGUCUAAUUUUGUACGUAUCUAUUUGUUUACACAAUGAAAUAAAG